ACAACGCACCCAACAUGGACCGUGCAAAAUUUCGGAAUUUUUUACAAAAUUUUGGCAUAGUGUUAUUUCUGGUGAUUAUCUUUAUCUUGCAGUAUGUCAACGCCGCUUUGACAACAGUGGGACUUGGGACUCGUUUAAAAACUUUACACGACACAGUGGAAUAUAUGGCUAAGCGACCUGAACAAAUGAACGUGGACGCCAUUUUUGGUAUCACGUUAGUGGAAGCUAAUACUAUGGCUUGUCUGGAACAUCCAAAACUGAAUGUACUCGACAAACAAUAUCGAAGGAUUUUGAAAAAUAUUUUGAGGAUAUCUAGAGAUGCCAGAAUCAACACAAUGUCCAUAAUCAAUUUGAAGAACGAACAGUAUCACCCCUUAAUUCGCAUAAUGAAUCAACCGAAAAUAUGGAUCAGACCAAUUCAUUGGCGUUUGGGUCUUCUGGGAAAGAUUCCUGUCGCUGGUGAAGGAUUGACAAGCUUUUGUACCAAGAGAAUAAUGUACCAGGGUACUCCUCAGGAGAAUGACAGCGACAAUUGUCUAAUUAAUUUGUCAUUGGGUGUACUCCAAAGGAAUUGCAAAGUAUCUAAUGACUGUGCAGAGAUGCUUUUAAGAGAUGACAAUCCAAGAGGCUAUCCUUUGACCCAUCGAUUAUUAUAUAUACAGUUAGCCAGAGCGUUGGGAUGUCAGGAACACCUCAGGACCAAUUUUACACAACUUAUACCCUUGUACUGUAAACGGAUCUUACAAGAUUUAGUUGAACUGGAAGCAACGAGAUUUCCGGAAAUGGCUCGCGAUCUCGCCACUGAGCAAAUUUUACUAUGCGGCAUGGAGGGUUUUCUAGAAUUCGCCAAUGAUCAUUAUACCAGUCUCAUACUCAGCUGGCCAAACUAUGCUGGCUGCUUCAGUGCUUUUGGGUAAGUCUAUUUAUUAAAAAAAAUUCUAAAUCUCUUUUUGACAUUAAUUUGUCAUAGUUUCAAGAGCGAUACCAGAAAUUUUAAGAAUCUCAGAAUCCGCAAUCGCAGAGAGAGUUCAGCUACUGAUUUUGGCUGUGAUAAUCAUUCGACUGCUUUGGGUGCUGCUAGUUUGGCAUUACUGAUACGUCAGUACGUGGAAGUUGGUACAGAAAUGUAAAUAAUCCAAAAAUAUGAAAACUCUAUAUCCAACCAACUAUGAAAUAUAGUAAUAAACCUAAUAACGUUCAAAUAAAAUAUUG